AUGAUGUCAAAUGCUAAAAUAAUAUUAUUUUCCUAAAAAAUUUGACUUUUGUAUUCUUUUUUUUUGUAUAUUUAUUUUUUCAUAUUGAAUUACCACAAGAUCAUCGAGAAAAAUCAAUAUGGCUGAAAGUUCCACAGUGAUCAGUUUGCCACAAAUGUGCGAUCUAGCUCUUAACACACCAGAAGUCGGUAUAGUUAAUUUCACAGUACUGCAUUCCCUUUUGCAUGUUAUAAUCAAUCAAAUUGGCAUGACGGACACUAACGUCGAAUUCAGAGGAACGGAUAGUGAACGUAUUCAAUCUUUCAUUUCUUCUUCCAAACCUGGAAAUGCCCUUACUCUAACUCAAUAUACCGUAGAAGAUGGCGGCACUGAUGGAAAAAUGAGAGAUAAGAAGAGAGUUAGCAUAGAAGAAAAAGGAGCAACAGAUCAACAUCAAAAAGAGAAGAACGAAAAGAAGACCAAGGCUGAUGCUAAACCUAUCAAGAAAGAACCAAGAGGUUCAAAGGAUCUAAGCUCUGAUAAGGAUUCCAGUAAAUCGACCAUCGUCCUGGUACAAUCUUCUAAAGGACAACUACCCACAGCACAAUUCACAGUGGCUCUUACCAAAGAGGAUUUUGACAAGAUGUUAGAUGACAUGGAAAAAUUGGAAAAUCGAAUAAAAGAACUGGAAGAGCUGCCAGCAAAUUCCAAACUCAUGGAAGCUUUGAUGACUGAAGACGGUGAGAAGACACCGGUAUUAGAUAUGUUCCAGAUACUGGCUCUUCAGAAGAAAAUGGAUGCUGCUGAGAAGGGAAUAGAAAAAUUAGCUUCUAUCAUUGAGGGAGUAGCAAGAGGUUCUAAGAUUGAAAUAACGGAUGCUGAAUUGUCUAACGUGUCGAGAAGACAAUCGCAAGAUUCACCUAGUCUAGCACAACUGGAGGAACGUGUAAAGAAAUUGGAGAAGGCUGUGAAACAAGGACCAGUACGCGCCAGCGGAUCAGAAUCAGGUCCUGAAACUGGAAACGAGUCAUCAACUAGAGAAUCAGCUGUGAAAGGUGCUGCUAUGGUAGUCGAUGAUGCCGAUCUAGAAAGGGUUGAUAUAUCGCAUAUUCCGGUUGAUCAAGCUCUCGAAAUGCUGAAAGAUGAACUCUUGUCCAUGAAGAAUCAAAUAAUGGUUUUCCCACAAAUCGUUAAACAGAUUGAAGAAUUUGAGAAGAUUCUUUCAGCUGGAUCAGAGGACCAGCCUGUGGAGGUGAGACUCAAACUUCUGGAAGCCAAGUUCGAGGAAAUUCUGGAACAAAUCGAUUCCCUGGAUAACGGCUUCAGUAGGCAAGUCAACAACCUGCAGAAUCACAUAAACGGUUUGGACAAAAACAUGGGCGAAAUCUUGGAAAAAGUCCAUCUGUUACCUGACGAUGGGAAAGGUGAUAACAAUAUUACAGCCGAGCUUCAUGGCCAACUUUCUGCUCUCGCGGAUGACUUCAUCAAUGUCUCAGAGACUGUACAAAAACUUUCUGAAGAACAUGAUAGUAGACAACAUGCUUUAGAGGUGUUGGUAGAACAAAUUGAAUUGCUGAAGACGGUCAAAGCUGACAGAGAAGAUCUAGAAGAUGCCCUUGCAGACAAAGCUGAUGCCUGUCAAAUCAACAGAAAAGUGUCAUUCGAACAGUUCGAUCAAGCUUGCGGUGAUAUGUCGAAAUCUCUAGAAGAAGCUUUGGCCAAACUUUCUCAACAGGAAUUCUUAUGGAACGAAGCAUUGCAAAAUAUUCAGGGUGAGAUAGGUGGUAAACUGGAUAAGAACGAGUUGAAUCCUCUGAGAGAUUUCAUCAAUAGCAAAUUGAAGGGCCUUCAAGAAAGAUUCAAGACUUUGAACGCGAUGAAAAAAGAGAACGAAGCUGCUGGAACUAAGAGCAAAUAUCUCAGGAACGUGAACUGUAUAUCUUGUGACAAAGAUGUAGUCAUGCGCAAAGAGAUGGACCCCUCACUGUAUCCUCAACCAAAUGCUGUACCACCAAAUAGAAGCAUGGGACCCUACUUGGCCUAUGAGCUAGACCAACUUCGAAAACAACAAAAAUGUUUACCCACCAGCAAGAAUAUGAACGUGUUUGAGAAUGCCCUGCAGUCCAACCGAUCAGCUAAAAGUCCUGAUCACAUUUGUAAUCGUUACUGUGGAGGAAGUCAUACAGUCACUACACCCCAACAGAGAGUGACCAGAUUGGGACAUUUCCUGGAACAAUGGGGUCCUGAAAUUUCACCGGUUAAUGAUGCACAUGUUAGAGGAACCGAUGGAAGGAUGUACAAAGCUAGAGACGAUGAAGGUCUGAAGCAAUUAGCAUCUGAGAGACCUCCAACACCCCACAAUGAUAACAAGCCAUCCAUAUUCGUCAAUUCAACGAAAAAAAUGUCAGUUGAACAGACAUUAUCAGCACUUCCGGAGCAAGGCAAGAAAUCAGUAGUGGACCAGUCAAUAUCAAAACACACAACCAAUGCAGCUGUGAAUCCUGCUUCUGAUUCUCUUUAGUUAGAGUAUAUGGAUGUCAUCACUGGAUCUGCGGGAAAGCAAUGGAUUACCACCAGAAGUUAUAAUUCAUACCCACUCACUUGUAUAAUACCUACAACAAAGAAAUGGUCCACAUAAAACGACAAAAUAAAAAAA